AAAAUUGGUUUUGGAUUUUGGAGAAGAAAAGAAAGUAGCGGUGAUCAUGUGAAACGUUUUGAAACACAAAGUGUGCCGUAGGAGCCUCCUAAAUUAGCGCUUUCGUGGGAGGGAGGAGAAGACACACACGCACACUUCAAACACACGACAAAACAAAAAUAAAAACAAAAACUUUCCCACUUUGCUUCUUCAACGUUAAUCUUGUUUUCUUCCCUUUUAUAAAAACCAAACUGGGUUUUCACCUUCUUCUCCAGCCGUUUUUGCCUUCUUUUUUUUUACAACAUGAGGAAGAAGCUAGAUACUCGUUUCCCUGCGGCUAGGAUUAAGAAAAUUAUGCAAGCUGACGAGGAUGUAGGGAAGAUUGCAAUGGCCGUGCCUCUUCUAGUUUCUAAAGCACUAGAGCUAUUUCUGCAAGAUUUGUGUGAUCGAACAUAUGAUAUAACUUUGAGGAGAGGGGCAAAGACUAUGAAUGCUUUUCAUUUAAAACAGUGUGUGCAGACUUUUAAUGUCUUUGAUUUUCUGAAAGAUAUUGUCAGCAAGGUUCCUGAUUUAGGUGGUUCUGUUGCAACUGGUGAUGACCAUGCUGUCACUAAGAGGAGGAAAGUUGCUGGAGAUGAUGAUAAUGACAGCGAUGAGGAGCUCAAGAGAAAUAAGAAGCCAGAGCCUGGACAUAGCAGUGGCAGAGGAAGGGGUAGAGGCAGAGGUAGGGGUCUUGGCGGUGGAAUUAGAACUGUAGAUCAAGAGAUGAGUUCACAUGCCAAGUGUGAAGAUGAUUCUGAUGUCUUGAAGCAGAAUGACAACCACACUCAGAGUAAUGAAAGCAUGGAAAAUGUGCUGGAACCUGAAGAAGUUAAGCAGAGUUUUCCAGUAAGCGAACUGGCCGAAGUGUCUGUUCGAAAUUUUGACUUAAAUUUGGACCCAGAUGAGAAUAUGGAUUCUUUAGACACACCAACUUCUGUCCCAACUAGUUCAUCUGCAAAAUCAGUGUCAGAAGAGAAGCAUGAGGAAUACCCUGGAUGGUCCUUGUCUGAGAUGGAAAAAAUGAUCAUUGAUCCCAUUCAACUAGCUAACUUAAAUGGAAGGAUUGAUGAAGAUGAAGAGGAUUAUGAUGAAGAAAUGUAGAUGAACCUGUGUUGGUUUAUUCUUGAUUUCUCAUAUAGGCCAGUCAUUAGAAAGUUCUUAUGGAGAAUUAGAGUAGAUUUUUUAGGAGCAGUGUUAGACAGAUCCUUAGUAGUUUAGGAAGAUUAGGAGGGUUAGGGCAUUGAAUACUCUCAUUAUAACCAUUAUUAUAGGUUAAAAGUGGAGAUAUAGAUUAUUUUUCCAAUUAGAAAUAGCCAUAUUGUUAUUUGAGAAACUUUAAUCUCACGUAGGUAUUGCCUAUGGUAGGCACUACAAUCAGAAUUUGGAGUGGCAGGUGUAAAUUAUAUUUAAUGGUAUUUAAUGGCAGAUACAUCAAAGUUA